AUGGAAGUAGAAGUCAAGCUCCGGUUGCCGGACGCAAACGCCCACCAACGCCUAUCCUCCGUCCUCUCGCCGUUCCAUCUCAAAACCCACAUCCAAGAAAACAUAUUCUUCGACGGCUCCAAUUCAGAGCUCUCCACCAACCUCGCCGCCCUCCGGCUCCGCUUCUACGACCUCGACUCCCGAUGUGUCCUCUCCCUCAAAGCAAAACCGGUAUUGGCCGACGGAAUCAGCCGCAUUGAAGAACACGAAGAGCCCCUGGACCCCGCAAUUGGCAGGGCAUGUAUGGCGGAGCCGUGGCGGCUGUUACAGAUGGAUCAAUCGUCGGAAAUUAUGAAGAGGGUGAAAGAAGAAUACGGGAUUAGAGAUGAUGAUUAUGACAAGAAGUUGGUUUGCUUGGGAGGAUUCAGAAAUGUGAGAGCAGUGUAUGAAUGGAAUGGAUUGAAGUUGGAGCUGGAUGAAACUCGUUAUGAUUUCGGGACGUGUUAUGAGAUUGAAUGCGAGACUUCUGAGCCUGAAAGAGUGAAGAUUUUGCUUGAAGAGCUGUUGAACUGCAAUGGAAUUCUGUAUUCUUAUUCUAAGGCUAAUAAGUUUGCCACUUUCCUGUCUGGAAAAUUGCCCCAGUGA